AUGUCUGUCGUUUCGCUCCUUGGCGUACGAGUCAUCAACAACCCAGCGCCGUUCCUCGCUCCCUAUGAAUUCGAAAUCACCUUUGAAUGUCUUGAACAACUGCAAAAAGAUCUGGAAUGGAAACUCACCUACGUCGGCUCCGCCACUUCAUCGGAACAUGACCAAGAGCUCGAUUCUCUAUUAGUCGGCCCAAUACCCGUUGGCGUCAACAAAUUCAUCUUCGAAGCAGACCCUCCAGACCUCAAAAGAAUCCCAACAUCCGAAAUAUUGGGCGUGACUGUGAUACUUCUCACAUGCAGCUAUGAUGGUCGAGAGUUCGUUCGCGUUGGAUACUACGUGAACAACGAAUAUGACUCCGAGGAACUGAACGCUGAACCUCCCGCCAAACCCAUCAUUGAGAAAAUUCGCCGUAAUGUACUGGCAGAGAAACCCAGAGUUACGCGGUUUGCCAUCAAAUGGGACUCUGAGGACUCAGCACCAGCUGAAUACCCACCAGAUCAACCAGAAGCAGACGCGUUAGACGAUGAUGGAACAGCCUACGGAGCCGAGGAAGCCGAGCUCGAAAACGCUCUGCUAAAGGAAUUGCAGGAGGUGGAGGAACUGCAUGCCGCAGGAGCUGCGCCCGGUGAGGACCACGAGAUGUGCGACUCAGCAGACCUAGUUGGUCCUGCUAGAGAGGAAGAAGGCGAAGAAAACGAUGAUUCGGAUGCUGGAAGUGAAGAUCUGGAAGCUGAGAGCAGUGGUAGUGAUGACGAGGAGGACGAGGAUGAGGGCGCAGAAGGCGAUGGAGACGACGAUGUUGAGAUGGGUGAUGAUACGGAGCAAAAGUCGGACGGUAAUCAGUCGAAUCACAUGGAGGAUCAACGCCAGCAGGCACAGCCGGAGCUGAUGGUUCAUUGA